AUGAGUCCAGAGCAGGCCUCGAAGCAGCUGAGGAUGCUUAGGGAUUUCGCUAGGUUUUAUGCCGCAUGCUGGCUCCAUCCGCAACUAGUAUGCAGAAUCUGCGAGAGAACAUCAGAGCCACCGUAUCUAACAAGCUCACCCUUCUUGAGCCCACUCUGCCUCCUCGAUUUACUGCCAACGUCUUCUUGUGCACUAAGAGAGCUCGGUGAGCUCUUUCACCCCCAUUAUCCGCAAGUCCUCACACAUGGAGGCCUCUGUCCAGUGAACAUACUCGUCUCACCGUCAACAGGCCGCGUCACGCGUAUCAUCGAGUGGGCAGAGGCCGAACUCUUACCCUUCGGGCUUGCCCUUUACGGUCUAGAUGUUCUACUCGGAUACCUGGGCCUAGGAGGAUGGAGCUAUCUCGAGAUCCGGGACGAGUUGGAACAAAAGUUUUGGAAAUAUUUAUCGGACUGCAUCGCUGAUGCUAAGGGGCCACCAGAAGACAGAAUACGAAAUGCAGUAACCAUCGCGCGGGAGGUGGGAGUGCUCAUGCAGUAUGGGUUCAAAUGGAAGACUGGGGUUGUAGAGUGA